AUAAUGCUCUCCACAGCUGUUUUUUUUUUUUUUUCUCCUCUCUUUCUGAAGUAAUGGCAGCAUUCAGGCAGGAUUAAACUUCUACUUUGCGAACGGCUGACAAAGACUGAACUAUUUAAACGGUGGGAGCUCUUUGCACAACAGUGUCUGGUGAGGUAAUGUCUCUGAAAUGUCUAAAUGCCAUUCCCAGCUGCAGAGCGCUGUAGCCCCGGGCUGCUCCGGGUUUGUCUUAAAGCUUUGUCUAACUUGAAAUUGCUUACUGGGACCAUGAGGACGCCCGACCCCGAAGUCUCUGCACAGUUCUGCGUCUCCUUAAAUGAGACCAAGUGUUUGAAAGUUGGUGUUUCUGCAGCAACAGUGUGAGGAAGUGUGAGGUCCGAGCGGCGGAGGGGGGCUCGGUGGAGAGACAAAAACCCGUCCGGACCGGCCGCCAGGCUUCAGGAGAACCGACCGGAUUAUUGUGGAAGAGAUCAGAAAACAAAGGAAACGUUUGUUCUUCUUUCAUUUUCCUCACCGUGGGAACAAAGAGUGACAGGGGGGAAAAGUUUGGAGAAAAGUUACAAAGAUUUUUUUACGCACGCGCUCGGUGCCUUUGAUGUGAGCGCCGACAGGUUAAUCUGAUCCCGGUGGUUCCAGGUGUGAGGAUGGUGGAGAGCCGGAGCUGCGUCCAGAGAGAGGGGGUGUACCGCUGGUUCUCCACCCUCACCUCCGCCCACAGAGCGGAGUUCCUCUGCGGCCUCCUGGACCUCUGCGUCCCCAUCGAGCUUCGCUUCCUCGGCUCCUGCCUGGAGGACCUGGCCCGCAAGGAUUACCACUCUCUGCGGGAUGCGGAGAUCAAAGCCAACAACCCCGCAGACCUCUCGGGCCUCACCAACAUCACGGAUGAGGUGGUUCGCAGCAAACUCCUGGUCUCCCUGGCUCUGCUGGGCACUGAUAACCGGGAGGCUGCGGGGGUCCUGUACCGGACCCUGACCCACAUCGACACGGUGAUCAAUAACUAUGGGCUGGCACUGAACGACGGCAGGACUGAGGAGCAGUUCCUGCUGCUGUUCACCAUGGCCUCCAACCACCCGGCCUUCAACUUCCACCAGAAACAGGUGCUGAGGCAGCAGCUGGACCACAUCCAGGACAUCCUCCAGGUAACCAGAGGAGAAGCUGCAGCAGAGCCCAGUAGUGAUGGAGCUGCUGUUUGUUCUGCUCAGCCUCAUCCCCCCUAUCACCAUCAGACCAUCUCCAUGCAGCAGGCCUCACUGCCUCCAUCUCCCUCCACCCUGACCAAUACCAGCGCCACCUACCUGCCAACAUGCUGCUGGCAUAAGAACCCACAGUCUCAGAAACAGACGACAGAUUCCCCAGCAGGGUCAGGACUAGCCUCUGGUGCAGCAUUAGGUCACGAGGAUCAAGCGGCCCACCAGGAGCUCCCGUCUCUCUGCCCAGAACUCCGUUCUACUCCACCAGCUCAUCAGCAAACCCAGGAUACCUCAACAAGCAACCACCAGGAGAAAGUGGGAAAGGCUGUGAUUGAACGGGUGCUGCUAAGGAGGGUGAUGCACAAGUCAGAAAAUGGCAGCGAAUACGUGUUUGAGGUGGGCUGGUCCGACGCUUUCACAUAUUCAGUUGUCAGGACUCAAAAGGAAGUGGCAGAAUUAUUAUCCCAGCUUUCACAGGUUUUUCCUGAAGAUGGUCUGGAGAAGUUCCUUCCUCAGUCCCUAGAGGUCGACACCAAGUGUCUGACUGCUUUACCCAGUCAUGUCCUGAAACACCCCACUGUCCAGCUGUUCUUCAACUCCAGCAGGCCUCGGUCACCCAACUCUCCCUCCUCUCCCCCUUCCGCCAGAAUACCUCCAUGUUCCUCUUCACCCAGCAGUCCCACCUGCACGCUCACUUCCAGUUCCAGUAAGUUCUACCUUCCUUCAUUCCACUAAAGAUAAAGAUUAACUAAAAUCUAUUAAACCUGGACGUAUUUGAUCAAAUAUGAGAGAUCUAUGAAAAGCUUCAGAGAAGGAAGGAGACACAGGUCUCCUGCUGGUGCCGAGGUGUUUGAGAUGAGAAGAGCGGUAGUGUAAAAGAGGAGGCAAUCAGUUGGUCGUAGAGAAGAGGUGAGACGGCACUCUGUGAUUAUUGAGGUGUUGGUCUAUUUUGGUCUGGUGUGGGAAUUCACUGCGGCAUGUUUGUGUUGGGAAGCCCAGAGUGUGGUGACCUCAUAGUGGUGUGUGUGUUUGUGUGUUCAAUGUGUAAAUGUGACUUCAUCUAAGAGUGUAUUUAUAGCUGCCGUUGCAGCAUGUGUCUCUCAGUGUGGCUCUUACUCUACGUUUAUGCCUCUGAAUCGUUCCAAAUUCUCAGUAGCAGCAUUGUGAGAAUGUCCAGCUUAAUGGUGAAGUGCUCCCUCCAUACACACUCUUGCCCAAAAUGUGUGACCGUCCACCAUGUGCACACUAGACUAGAUGAACGGCUCUUUUACGCUGCAUAUUCUUGCUGGUAGACAUUUAAGAGAAUUAAAGAUUCCUGAAGGAUUCUAGUGUCAGAGUUCAGAAGAUUAUGUUUCUUUUGGGAAUACUUUGUAGAGGUGGAAAGAAACAUGCUUGUAUUGUUCAGUGCAGCAGAUUAAUCCAUUAUUUAAAUAAUCAUCAACUAAUUAGAGCUGUAGUUCUACCAGAAUUGUGAACAAAUAUAUAAACAUUUUGCAUUUAAGAUCAAACUUCUGCUCGUCAAUAUGGUCUUUCCAGAACUCUUCAAUUGGAAAAGUUUUAGUUUCACCUGCUUAAACGAUGUAAAAUAUCUUCUUUAAGAAUCCUAUUUCUAUCCGUUUGAUAAACGAUUAAUUGAAAAAGUGAUACACAAAUGAAUCAAUUAGCAAAAGGAAUGUUAGUUGCAGCCCCAGUUAGGUUAUUUAAGUUUGUACAAGUCAAAGGAAAAGCUUAUAUAUUUUUAAUUAAUUACAGAGUGAUAUAUUUUAGCUUGUGUUUUAUAUUUUUACUUCUAAUAGAAAAUAUAAACAAACAAUAAAAAAAGCAUUUGAAGCAAAAAUUAUUAUGCAUGAUUUGUGAUUUAUUUUUAGAUCAGAUCUAAGAGUCAACAUGAGAGACUAAAAACAUGAGAGCGUCUAAGUCAGCAUUUGAAAAUCCAUCAGUUUUACCCUGAUCAUUUAGUUUUAGUAGUAGGCACAUUAUUAUUGAUCAGCUUUGUCUUGUAAGGGGAAAAAGACACAAGAGUAUGUAUGACACUGAACAGAUUUCUCACAGUGUUGUCUGUUUUGUUUCUCUGUGUUACAGAUACCGACUGCAUGGUGCAGUACAGAGGAUCUAACAGGGUGGUGUACAGGGUGGCCAGCGUCCAGCCCGUGGUCAGCACCCACAGCCCCGUCUUGACUCGUUCCCCUCCUCACCUUUCCUCCCUCCUGUCUCCCGCUGUUCCUCCUCCUCAGCACACUCUGCUGCUUCCCUCUAUGCAUUCCCUCCCCUCGAAGUGCUCUGCAGCCGCUGGAGGCGAUGCAUCCUCCCUGCUGCAUCACAGUCAGCCUC